UGACUCAUCCGGCAGUGUCGACCCGCCGCGGGAUAAUAGUUCCGAAUUAUUAUUUUUUUGUUUUUGCUACUGAUUUUAUAUUUUUGUUCAAUCUUCGAAAUUGUAUAACGUUAUGAUGGUGAACCGCACGCCGAGCCCAAAAACGGUAACGUUCCGUGAAACCGGAAGCGAAACAGAGCGGAAGCGUGAAUGGGACAAAUACCUGAACGCACUCCUGGCGGACCUGCAGAACACGGUGGCACCCAGUUCGACGGUUGCUGGCUCAAGUUCCCCUGGUUACGGCUCUUUGAAGCAUCCGCGCAGCUCACCUUCAGCAGCCGCGACUCCUCCACCGACGCCACCUUCGGCACCGACUGCCGCCUCCUACGAGAUUCGCCACGACACGUACGCAACGAAAACGGGAACGUACGGAAGGACGCAGCCAACAUCCGGCGGUCGUAGCCCUGUCGUGCCGCCGAAGAAACCCUUCAGCAACAACCUGUCGGAGUUGGACAGUCUUUUGCAGGAUCUGAGCACCGCCAACGAGUCCAGCGGAAACGCAAUGUCAGCGAACAUCAUCUACGCCAAUCAGACCGUCGGAAGUAACGGUUCGGCUAUGAAUGGGCACGAGGGUGGUUCCGGUGGUGACAGCCCCGCCGCCGCUUACACAUCUAGGCCGAGCUCUCAGACCGCCAACCGUCCCACAGUUGACAGCCUCCUGGACGAACUCAACGCCGGCGAAGUGUUCUACCAAGGGCCUAGGAAGGUUACGAUCACCGUGAAGGAGACGAAAACGGAGGCCGGUUAUCCUGGAGAGACGGAGCUGGUCACGCGACACGUGUCUCAGGUGCGUUCGACGCCGCCACCGGCCGCCUCCAACGCCACUAGAGAACUGGAUGACCUGAUGGACACCCUAUCCGAGAUCAAGGUGAGUAAGCAGACGGUGUCCGAUUCGGUGUACGCGCGUCCGGAGAAGGCGGCCGCUCAGAAACAGAACUUGGAUCAUAUGCUAGGAAAUUUACAAGCGGAUAUGAGUCGUCAAGGAGUUAACACUAGCCAGAAGGGAUGCUGCAGCGCUUGCGAGAAGCCGAUCGUGGGGCAGGUCAUCACCGCUUUGGGUAAAACCUGGCACCCUGAGCACUUCACCUGCUCUCACUGCACGCAGGAGUUGGGAACGAGGAACUUCUUUGAGCGCGAUGGAAAGCCGUACUGCGAGAACGAUUACCACAACCUGUUCAGCCCCAGGUGCGCCUACUGCAACGGACCCAUUUUGGACAAAUGCGUGACCGCCUUAGAGAAGACCUGGCACAUGGAGCACUUCUUCUGCGCGCAAUGCGGCAAGCAGUUUGGAGAUGAAGGUUUCCACGAGCGCGAGGGAAAGCCCUACUGCCGGGACGACUACUUCGACAUGUUCGCACCAAAGUGCGGAGCAUGCAACAGGGCUAUCAUGGAGAACUACAUCUCGGCCCUCAACGCCCAAUGGCAUCCCGAUUGUUUCGUCUGCAGGGAUUGCAAGCAAGCCGUGCAAGGAAAAUCCUUCUACGCCGUCGAGGGAAAACCCGUCUGUCCCAAGUGCAUCGGAGUCGACGAGGAAGAGGAGGAGGAGGAAGAAUAGACAAUUCCCUCCUUCUCGUCAUCAUCUCAUGCAAUUCGAUAUGAAUGAAUGAUAGAAAAUCCGCAGAGCAAAUCUAAAAACAACCGCCAAUUAAUAAAAUGAACCAAAAACUAUAAUUCAAUUGGAGAAAGAAAUGUUAAACACGCACGUCAGAGGAGAGGCGACUUUUGAUAAAAAAAAAA